AUGCUCGCAAUCAGGAAGAGAGGCAGGGGUAGAGAAUCACGUGUUGCGGUGGAGGUGUGGCCCCGCUGGGUAUCGCAGAUGACCGCAUGCGACCGCAUGGUCUCUGCCAAGAUCCGGUGCGAGGUGUCCACUCAGCGUGCUAUUCCUGCCUUCCUCCCUGAUCGACCUUGUUUUCGUCUUCCUCAAAGCUACAGAUCACGACAGUACCACAGCCAGGCUCCCAAGAACACUUUGAGAACCAUGGCCUCCUCUACCGCCCCCGUUUCCCAGGACCGGGAUCUCUUUACGCUGUCCAACUACCAGGACAUCCGGACCGACAACAUCGACCUCGACUGGUCCAUCGACUGGGACAAGAAGACCAUUGGUGGCACGGCCACGCUCAAGCUCGAGGCCAUCAAGGACGUCGACGAGGUCGUCCUCGACACUAGCUACCUCGACAUCAAGGAUGUCACUGUCGACGGCAAGAAGGCUCUCGAUGAGCACAUCGAGGCUAUGGGCCAGGCUCUUCACGUCAAGCUCCCUAGCACUCUGAAGAAAGGGCAGACCAAGAGCGGCAAGUACCCUUACCUCUACUCUCAGAGUCAGGCGGACACGCCCGCCAUCAAGGCCACUUACUCGUCGCGCGUGACCUCCGUCCUUCCCGUUCUCAUGUCUGCCCUGCGUCAGUCUCCCCCUAGCGACGAGGAGCCUCAGUACGGCAAGAAGAUCGAGUACGUCUACAAGCAGGUCACGUACAAGGCCUUCCCUGACAUGGAGGGUCGUAACUGGAAGACUGGUGUCUGGACGGAGCCCCAGACGAUGAAGGCUGCCUACUGGGAGUUCGAGGAGGAUACUGCCAAACAGGUGGCAACCGCCGAGGAUCUCACUUCCGCGUACCGCUUUGGCGUCUACGACUUCCUCAUUCUUCCCAACUCGUUCCCGUACGGAGGCAUGGAGAACUGCUGUCUGACAUUCGCCACCCCGACGCUCCUCGCUGGUGACCGCUCGCUUGUCGAUGUCAUUGCUCACGAGAUCAGCCACGAGUCUUUGAAGGGCUACGAGGACACCCCGCGCUUCCAGAAGCUGCUGCCCGACUUUAAGAACCACGAGGACCGACUACGUGAAGACGUUCACGAACAAGUCGAUCAGACGGAGCAGUGGCGCAAGCACCUCUUCGACUGGUUCGGUAAGCAGGAGAACGGCGAGGAGUACCUGAAGAAGCUCGACAAGGUCAACUGGGACGAGUGGAUCCACGGAACCGGUCUCGACCUGUGCAUCGACAUGCAGUACGACGACUCGCUGUCGAAGCCGCCGACGCAGCUCGCUGAGCGCUGGGCCGCGGCCGCCAAGAAGGGCGACCUCUCCCAGUUCAAGCCUGAGGACGUCAAGGACUUUGACUCGACGCAGAAGUGUGUCAUGCUCGACCACCUGUACGAGCUCGGACCGAAGUACCAGCCCGAGGUCGCUGAGAAGCUCGACGAGAUCUACGGCUUCAACCAGACGCAGAACGCUGAGAUCAAGCUUCGGUUCUACAAGAUUGCUCUGAAGAGCGACUGGGUCAUCACCAAGGGCCGCAUGAAGUUCUGCCGACCAAUCUUCAAGCUUCUCAACGAGCAGAACCCCGAGCUGGCCAAGAAGGUGUUCAAGGAGCACGCCGAGUUCUACGUAAGUGACAAGUUUGCGGCGACCAAGCCGAUAGAAGCCGUCCUGAUGUGGAACGGUGUCGCGAGUCGAUCUCCGCCUCUUCGAGGGGCAGCCGUCUAG